AUGGCGACAAUUACUGAAGAGCUGAAAAUCGAGACUCUCCGGUUAGAGAACUCUAUCGUCACAUUUGAAUCCUUUGACCUGCCAACUUCCAACCAACGUAUCCUCGGACCACCGCAUCCCAAGAACACAGUUAUCCCGCUUGCACUGCGACCCACCGAUGCCGACGCCAAGGCAACUCUCGAUGAUGUGGUAGAGACAGUCAAGACUCUCCAAGAAAAAGAUGGCAUUUUAACCAAGAAGCUCGCAAGGCAUGGCACGCUGCUGUUUCGAAAUCUUCCUAUCUAUAACGCAGAAGACUUCAGCAAAUUCGCGCAUGCUUUCGGCUACGAACCCCACGAAAUUAUUGGCAUUGUAGUGGAUAGACCACUUCUUGCGCCAAAUGUCGCGCCCGCCAACGAAGCACCCAAGGAGGUCCUGAUAUACAGCCAUAACGAGUCACCGCAAGUACCGCAUGCGCCCGAGUAUAUCUUUUUCUAUGGACAUAAUGCACCGUCCAAGGGCGGGGAAUCACCGAUAUCUUCUUCAUUGGAACUGUUCAAUCGUGCACAGCAAGAGAUUCCAGAAUUUAUCGCUGAACUAGCUGAGAAAGGAGUUUUAAGCAAAGUGACCUACCGAGUGGAGAAACAGUACGAGGGUGGAUCUACACUGAAGCAGGCCUUUGGCAAGGAGAUCCAAGAUGGUGACGACGAAGAGACUAAACGUCGCAAGAUCGAGGCUCAGAUCUCCCGCUACGGCAGAGGGGAACAUACAACAUGGGAGUGGACCGAGGAUGGUCUUGUAUUGACGCAUCGGCUACCUGUCAUCCGAACGCAGCCCGGUACAAACCUGCCGACUCUUUUCACUGGAUUGGCAGCCUAUUGGAAACGUACGCAGUUUGAUACCGAGGCGCGCAAGAAGGUCACACAACAGCUCUUCGGGGAUGGGACACCUAUUCCUGAAAAGUAUCUCGCACACCUAGCGAAGAUCACAGAUGAGAUUCGGGUUCUGCAUCGUUGGCAGAAGGGUGACGUGUUGGUUUAUGAUAACAUCAUUGCUCAACAUGGAAGAGAACCGUGGCAAGGCGAGCAAUCCGAUCGAGUGAUUAUGGCAAGUUUAUUCGAUGGUGAAAGCGUGCCAGGUGCUUAUGGGUUUGGAGACUGGGCGCAGGUUGUGCAAGCACUCGAAUGA